AGAACCUUUGAAAUUGACGCCGAUUGAGUUGAAGAAAAGACUGGACGAAAUAAGACUACUGGAAUCACGGAAGUCCGCAAGGUUGGCCGAUGUCGAUACGGAUUUCGCGAGGCUUGCUGAUAUGGCUGGUGACCGUCGACGUGCCUCCGCUACUAUUGAAGUGCCUACACAUCACAUGCAGGGAUCACGUAAGCGUGGCCCGAGCAGCUCAUGCGAUCUAGGCUACGGAGACCGGGAUGAUCAGAUGAACGAGUGCAACGCUGCGCUCGUCCUUAUGUCUCUUAGCUGCUCCCCGAACUCUCCACGACCAAGUGCAUGGGGUGGACGCUCAUCAGUAUCACCUGGGGCUAGCAGUAGCUCGAGCUCUUCGUGGCGUUCUGGCACGCCUUCGCCGCCCCCUGUCUCAUCCUCAUUCAGCGAUGAAGGCAUUGCUAUGGACUACGAGGACCUGCACCCUCGUAAGAAAAGGAUAAACAGCGUCGUAUUUGAAUGCACCUGGCGAGGUUGCGGUCACAUUACCAACAGUUGUUCGUCAAUAGAAGCGCACAUUCGAAACACGCAUUUAGGGCCGAAGAAAGAGGGGGAGAGUGAUCACGAGGAGGAAUUCUACUACACAGAACGCGAGGUAACAGUACCGCCGCCACCACCCACGUUGUCCCACCAAGACAUGUGCAGACCGCCACACGAGGAUCCGGACUAUCAACGACAGCUUGUCGGUUCCUAUAGGCAAGGGCUGCUCUCUACAAUGCACAACGCCUCCGCUAGGCCCAUAAGUAUUCCAGUUACCCACGCCUGGUCCACCUCGCACUCACCGAAACAUAUGCGGCUGUCUGCAAUGAGCGGGUCGCCAGGUAGUCCGGGGCGGCGGCCGCGGUCUGAUAACAAGAAGUGCCGCAAAGUGUACGGCAUGGAUCAACGUGACCUUUGGUGUACACAGUGCAAAUGGAAGAAAGCGUGUACGCGCUUCAACGAAUAG